UGUGCGCGAGCGUGUGUGUGUGUGAUCGCUGGGUGGAGCAGCAGUGUUCGGCAGGUCUCUCGUCUCCUCUCUCGGUUGAGCGGCUCAUUGCGGCGGCUGGAGAUCCAUCGAGCGGCUGUCGUGCAGAAUGUCGUUCCGGCGUCCGUGUGCGUAAAGAGCAGGUGGAGGAGGAGGAGGAUGAUGGAGGAAUCCGACAGCCUCCCCUGUCCCGCGGAGGACGGGCUCCUGUCGAGCUGGAGAUGGAACAGAACCGCCAGGGAUCAGGUCCAGAUCAAGCAGAAGAUCAGAGAUCUGCCCGGAUUAUUAAAACACGGACUGAACCUGCGCAAAAAGAGCCAGUCACCUGACACCAUCCCGGGACCCAGCACCGGCGUCACACCCAAACCCAAGACGUGUUCACAGAGUUUUCCCUGCGCUGGACGAGCUCUGAGAAAUGUGUUUCUGUCUCAUGGACCGUAUCCAGCGAAAGACAAGAUCCACCUCGCUCGGAUCAUCAGGAGGAGUUAUGUUGGCGUGGAGCUGGUCCAGUGGCUCCUGGAGCAGUGUGUGUCGGUUCAGUGCCGGUUAAUGGCGUCCCGUGUCUGGCAGGUGCUUCUGGAGCUGGGGAUUCUGCACUCGGUGGACCAGCGGCUGGUCUUUGAAGACUCAAACACGUACUAUCAGUUCUCGUUUGAGGAGUGUGACGCUCAGGGCUGUGAGUUUCGCAACGAGGAGGAAUGGCAGAACGGGGUCCGUCUUCUUCUGCAGCUCGUCCCCUACGUCCAGUUCAGGGUCGUCAGUCCACCCGAGGAAGACCCCGACAGAAAGCGUGAUAUCUGCAGUGAGAUCCUCCAGAUGAAGGCUCUGGAGAGACUCACGUCUACGGUGCAGAACGAACUCGCUGCUGCCCUCGCAAGAAAAGCCAAGAAAUCAAUGUCAGAAGACGAAAGCUCAGAGACAUCAGACAUUUCUCCACAAGAAGCCCCGAAACCCACUGAAGACAAAAGCAAGCAGCCGGGCGUCUGCUCUCUCCGAGCUCCAGAUGACUUCUCCCGGCUGGAGAUGGUCCAGCGGCUGGCCAAAGACGGGUAUCGCUUCCUUCAGAACCAGAACUACCGGCUCCCGGACCGCUCCGCACAGGCGCAGGGGGAAAGCGUGGUGCGUGUGUGUCUGAAGGAGAGGGGUCAGGACGUGCUGGUCCUCCAGCGAGUCCCAUCAGAUCCUGCGUCUCCACAGUCGGCCGGAGUCAAAGAUGACGACGGUGAUAAGAGGUACGUGGUGGUGUCCGGGACGCCCCACAAGAUCCUGGAGCACCUGCUGAGUGACCUGCGCCUGGACGAGCACCAGGGGGCGGCGGAGGGCAAAGAGGCGGAAAUGCUUCUGGACGACUUCUUGUUGACGUAUCUGGUCUUCAUGUCCACCAGUGAGCUCUGCCAAGCCCUGCUGGGACACUACUGUACGAAGCGUUCCCGAGGGAAGGAGGAAGGAAAGGAGGCCCUCUUCAGGAAGAGGAAGGUCCUGCACCUGGUGUCCCAGUGGAGCACGCUCUACAAGGACUUCCUGCGAGAGGAGGAGAACGUCAAACUCUUCAUGAAGUCUCUGUAUCGAUACGUGCUGGAGGACGUUUAUGAGUUCCCCACGCUGGAGAAGGACCUGAAGGAGUUCCAGAAACUUCUCCGCCGGAGACAUACGGUGGACGACUAUUCUCCACACCAAAAGAAUAAAGCGCUGUACCCGCAGCUGAGCCUGAAGGAGAUGUGUGUUCCUCUGCGAGGGUCUCCGGUCGAGACUAAAGACGUGAUGUGUCGUGUCUACGUGAGCUGUGACUCGUAUCUCAGUAUGCGUGUGAAGCCUUCAGUCGUGGCUCAGGAGCUUCUGCACAUCGUGUCUCAGCGGAUGGACAGAUCUGAAGACGACAUGAUGCUGACGGUCCAGACGUACAGCGGAGAGCAGCGUGUCCUCCAGCCGCACGACAGUAUUUAUCCGGAGUCUCUGGUGGCGCCGGGCCGACUGAUCGCCUGUCGAAGAGACCUCAGCGAGAUCCUGCCGCCCCUGACUGAGUGUCCUGAGCUGGGACAGAAGCCGGUCAGACUGCUGGGCAUCAACACGUGGGACGUCGCCGUGGCUCUCACCAACUUCGAGUGGAGUCUCUUCAACUCCAUCCAUGAGCAAGAGCUGAUCUUCUACACGUUCAGUCGCCAGGCCAGCACUGGCCACACGGUGGCGCUAGAGUUCCUGCUGCAGCGCUGUAAUGAGGUCCAGCAGUGGGUGAUGUCAGAGGUGCUGCUGUGCCCGUCGCCCGGGAAACGAGUCCAGCUGCUCAAGAAGUUCAUCAAGAUCGCCGCUCACUGUAAAGCGCACAGGAACCUGAACUCCUCGUUUGCCAUCAUCAUGGGUUUGAACACCGCCGCCGUCAGCCGGCUCAACCAGACAUGGGAGAAAGUUCCUGGAAAAUUCAAGAAGCUUUUCUCUGAACUCGAGCUGUUGACGGAUCCAUCCAUGAAUCACAAAGCCUACAGAGACGCUUUCAAGAAAAUGAAGCCGCCCAAAAUCCCCUUCAUGCCUCUGCUGCUGAAAGAUAUCACCUUCAUCCAUGAGGGAAACAAAACAUUUCAUGAUAAUCUGGUGAAUUUUGAGAAGCUGCACAUGAUAGCCGACACCGUCCGACUCAUUCGCCACUGUCAGACGGAUCAGACAGGAAACGAGCUUUCCCCGUGUGACAGUGCCGAGGUGCGCUCGAGCGUCCAUUACCUGCACAUCAUUGACAAUCAGCAGACUCUGUUUGAGCUGUCCCACAGACUGGAGCCGCGAGUCUGAGAGAGAGAGCGCCGCCUGCUGGACGGUCACACACUC